AUGAGCCGCAAAGGUCCACGCACCUUGCUAAUCUCUUCCCACGUUGCCCCUGCCUCGAUGCCCAGUAUUUGCUCGGCCUCCUGGCGGGUCAGCUGCUUGCCUAGACGGGCGGCGGCGCCCACGCUGUCUGCUGUCACACCGGACUUCUGGGCGUCUGGAGGGUUGAAAGGACCAUGGAAGGGUGAUUCGAUACUCUACACGCUCAGGGACUGGAUUAAGACUCGUGUAGAACACUCUGUGCGUUGUCAUCUGCCUGGAGUCCAGAACUUACUGACGAGGGCCUGGCGGUAUGCUUGCGUUGCGGCACGAAACAGGACUGUCGCACCCGCGACAGCCAGGUUGGCCAAAAUCCUAGCUGCCUGUAGAUUUGAAUAG